AUGCACUCUGAAUACAAGGCUCAGUACAGCAUGGAUACCGUAUUGAGACGUUUAAUUCGAGCUGGGCCUGAGCAACAUUCUUGUGGCGCGAGACAAAGCAACUGUGAAGCUACUAUUGGGCACUGUGCUGGCCCAAAACACAGGGCACUUGAACCUGAGGUCGAACAUUGGCUUCUCGUGGGAAUUGGUGCAACACAGCCACUCCCACCGCUUGCGUCCCUUUCCGCUGAGAAUGGUCAUAUGGGCGACCAAAACUCCGUUUCAAAACCCUUCGAGCAUGCAUACAUCUGGCGAGGCGCUGGGAGACCGGCCCUCGUCAACUUUUCACGGCCACUUUGCACAGGCAGCGGGUAUAGUCGUCGUGCUUCUCAAGUCGGGCACGGUAACCCGUUCAACCUCUCCCACUUCCCUUCUCAGCCAAUACUCUCCCUUCGCUUGAGGCUCUUUCUUUACCUUCCAUACGGACCACGGGGCGCGAAAUGUCUGGCCUUCCAACCCCUCGACAGCUCCCACGUUCCCGGCGUGACGGAGGAUUUUGAUGACAAUAAACUUCACUCCCGGAUCUCGAACGGGAUUGAGGCCUUUCGGGCCCAGGACAAGAUUCGUUAUGUUGACGGAAGGGGAAGAAUCCUUCCUGAUGUUUAUGCUGAAACAAGGCUGUUGAAUUUGCCUCCUGCGGUUACGGCUUUAUUGAUUGUUUUUAACAGGAAUCAUAACUACAUAGCCGACCUUCUGUUACGCAUUAACGAACGAGGCACCUGGGAACAAGAUAUUUCCAAACUCGCCCCCACGCCCCAAAAACUCAAACAACAAGAUCACGAGAUCUUUAACACUGCGCGUCUUAUUAACUCUUCCGCCUACGCUAACGUCGUCUUGGGAGACUACCUCGCUGCUAUCCUUGGCACAGUUCGAGAUGGUUCGAGUUGGACGCUGAACAUUGCUGGUGAGAGGAGAGAAGUGGACCAUCGAUUAUUGGAGAGGGGGACUGGGAACAGUUGUUCGGUUGGACUUUAUAGGCUACAUCCUAGUAUGAGUAAGGAGGAUGCGGAAUAUACCGAGCGGGCUUUUCAUCACUUGUUUGGUCCAGAAGUUGACUUUAACACGAUCAUUCCCAAGGACUUUGAGGUUGUUGUUGGCCAGCAACAACUUCGAGCAACCUACGGUCGCGUCAAAGACCGAAACGGUAACAAGGUCCAACCUCUCGGACUUGAGGAUCUCUCCGAGCCUCAGGCGAAAGACCUCAUCGAUGACAGGAAACCACUUGGUUACCUGCUUCCCGAGUACGACUACCGUGGAUUCACCAAGGAAUCCGGUAGACCGAUUGCUAAUCCUCGUGACCCAAAGACGUUUAAAUACCCAGAUAUACUUGUUGCCAAAGCUCUCGUUAACGCCACAAGUGUUCCUGUACAUGCAUUCCAGGCUAGGGGUGUUCCCGGUGUGAUGAGUUCUGGGAACUGGGGCUGUUGUUCGUUGAAUGAGUUUAGGAGAUUUCCGGGGUUGAAGCCUUAUGCUACGUUUGAGGAAUGGAACUCUGAUAAGAGCGUUGCUGAUGCUUCCAGGAAGCUUUAUAGGAAUACGGAGAAUUUGGAACUGUAUGUCGGUUUGGUGGCGGAGGAGAGUAAGAAAGUCAUGGAUGGUGCUGGAUUGUGUCCUUCUUACACCAUGUCUCGUGCUAUUCUAGCCGAUGCUGUCGCUCUCAUUCGUGGAGAUCGCUAUUUCACUUACGAUUACACACCCUUCAACCUUACAACAUGGGGUUUCAUUGAUAGUACCCGUAACGUCCACAACGCUUCUUGGGGUGGAAUACUUGGCAAACUCUUCACUCGCGCACUCCCUCGCCACUUCGAUGCUCCAUCUGUCUACACUCACUCCCCCCUUAUCCUGCCUACGGGACACCCGCGCGCCAUGGACAGGGUCCUCACGAAGCUCGGUCAGGCGAAAGGGUAUACCUUCACGCCUCCCGUUCCUCAAGGCGAAACCAUUCUUAUCGCGGACUCCAACGGCAUUUACGACGGAAUAGGUGACCUGAAUAAUUCACACGGCCUCAUCACUCUUUACAGUCAAAAGAUCAAGGACGUGGGACUUAUCCCAGGCUACCUCAGUGCCAUCGAUAAUCCUCUUGAUAUUUUCAUCCCCUCGGCCGAGCUGGACGAUCACGGGAAGUGGUUCUACGAUAAGACGAUCGAAUUGAUUGGGCAGAAGAAAUAUGUCGUUUACGAGAAGGGACCGACGCUUGUGGACAUUGUGAAGGAUGUGUUGAGAUUUGUUCCGGUUCAUUGGGCUUCGUAUCAGAUUGCUGGUCUUCCUGUCAAUUCCAAGUUCGAACCCCGCGGUUUCCUCUACGAGCAACAGUUGUAUCAAAUGCUCAGGGAGAUUCAUACGUAUAUCUUCGUUGAGGGUGAUCCAACUAUGCAAAUUCCUGAUCAGAGACAGGCGAGAAACAAUGUUGACCGUCUUCGUCGGUUUGUGAAAAUCAGUCUUAGGGAGGCCAAGGGCGGUAUUUCGGCUACGGUUCUUGGUGGCCUUGCCCACCUGUUGCUGGGAGGAACCCAUCAACAUCAUCGUGUCCUUCAACGUCUUCUUGACCUCAGCACUCCUGAAGAUGAGGCCGCUAACGAUGUAAUUAGCGUCAUCUCUACUGCUUCCAUCAAAGACAAGAGUGCCGAUGAUAACGCUGAGAAGAAGGCUCUUUACGACAAAAUUAUUGCUAUCGCAAGCAAGGGGUCUGAUUCCAGUACCAAUGCCACUCUUGAGGGUUACGUUCGCGAAGCUCUUCGCUUGGAUCCUGUGGUUGAAGGUGUCUACCGUAUCGUAACUAAAGAUAUCCCCGUCGGCUAUCUUACCUCCAAAGCUGGUGAUAGACUCUACUUUGACUUAGCCAGAGUCGGAAGGGACGAUCAAGCGUUCGAUUCCCCUGAGAUUAUAGAUCCUACCCGUCCCGCUUCCGCUUAUUCUACCUAUCGUGGUGAUACGGUAUUCAAGACUCUGGGCGAUGCCUUCGUUACCUGUGUUACUGCUCAGGUUCUUCGUGCUGUUUUCACCCAGCGUAACGUACAACGUACGAAGGGGGUUGCUGGAACUCUACGACGAUACCGUGAACCUGUCAUCCGCGUCGACGAUACCGUUCAAGCCACACCUGUCGAAGUGGACUUCAAGUCCGUCGACGAGGAUGGAAAUAUCGUUGACACUCCUUGGAAGGAAACCGUCUUCAAGUACACACUCACGCCUGGUGAUCCAGAAGAAGCUGCCGAUCGGUGGUCGUAUCUGGACUCCGACAUAGGACAUAGGCCAAGCACCUGGGCUACUGGCCUCACUCUUAGCCCUCGUCUGAGAUGA